AAACAAAAAUGUGAAGGAAGUGAAAAGUGGAAAGCUGAUGUUUGAUUAUUGAGUGAAUAAUUUACGAUAAAAUAGAGAUCAAUAACCAGAAAUCUGCAGGAAACAAAAUAAUUUUCCUUUUGAAUUUAUUUUGAAAUGUUUAUUCCGACAAAAGAAAUUUUAUAUUCGUGCAUUUCAUGCAUUGUCAUUGCAAAAAAACCCAACAUAGAAAAAUCAUACAUUCAAUACACGCUCACUACGAUGCGAGUUAUCGCUUUAGAAUGUUUGUUGCAAUCAGUAGGCGAAAUUUUAAAAAGCGUUGCUUUGCGGUUAUUUUCGCAAAACCCGGGAAGAAUGUAAAAAGACUAAUGCUUGCGACAGCUUCAGUAUCAGGAGACAGGCCUCCAUUUCCAACAUUAUCAACGAAUACUGACAACGUAAUAGGAAAAAAUGUUCAUCGAGAUUCAAAAUAUGGCCACCGGACUCGCAGCUACGCUCAUCGGAUUUCUCUUCAUCACCCUUCAAAUAUCCCCACUGAUCUGCGAUAACUGUAGCAGCGGUAAACUCCGCAUCAAAUUGGAACACCUGGAGCAGAAAAUCCUGCAAAUAAGGUCCGAACUGGUGCAGAACCAGAAACGCAUCCAACAAUCCCUGGACAAAAUUUUGCAAAGGUUGGACCACAAUGCACUCGACUCCAAUGCGCACCAUUUUAGCAGUGUACCAGCUUUGGGUGAAAAUAAUCGUAACCCUUUUGAAACGUGUUCAGAGGUAAAAACGCACAAAUUACCCUCCGGUAAGUACGUAUUGAAGCUGCCCGGUAAUGGAAAGGGGCUAUACCAGGCGUUUUGCGACCAAAAGACGACCGACGGGGGAUGGUUGGUGAUUCAGAACCGAGUUGAUGGUUCAAUGUCGUUUGAAAAGGACUGGAUUUCUUACAGAAAGGGUUUCGGAGAAGGCGACUCAAAUUACUGGAUAGGAUUGGAAAAUCUGCACCUUUUGACGACGAACCGCAGCUAUGAGCUUCGCGUCGAGUUGAAAGACGAUUCGGGCAUACAAAAAUACGCGUCGUACGACGAGUUUGAAAUUGGAAGCGCAGCGGAGUAUUAUAAGCUGAAGAAGCUGGGGACAUACAACGGAACAGCUGGAGAUUCGCUGAAGCAUCAUGUGGGAGCAAGUUUCAGUACGUUUGACAACGAUUUCGAUACCAACUCGAUCGUGAAUUGCGCUGCGAAGACGCGGGGUGGUUGGUGGUUCUCCGAUUGUCAGGAUAAUCGGUACUGCAAUCUGAAUGGGAUAUUCGAUGGAUCCAAGGAGCAAUCAAUCGUCUGGUACACCUUUAUAGGAUCUAAAAGAUUGAAAAGUUCUCGUAUGUUAUUACGAACUAAAUGAUUUAAUUUUCUUGAAUGCGUUUUAGUUUAGUCUAACUUAAGGAUUUAUUCAUAAACCAUAUAAUAAAAUUGUAAAGAAAAGGGUGGUCUGAAAAACAUC